CCACCCUCGCCCCUCCCUCGCGGCCUGCGCCUCCGCCCCCGCCUGCCCGCGAGCGGAGCUAGGCGUCCGCCACCGUGGGUCGCGGUGCAUCUUCCACCCUGGGCCGCGCCGGAAGCUGGGGUGGUCAAGGGGCGGCCGCGAGGCUGGGGCCCGGGAUGGCGCGCCAGGUACCCAUCAGCUUCAAGGACUUGGCUGUGCGGUUCUCCGAGGAGGAGUGGCGGCUCCUGGAGGAAGGGCAGCGGGAGUUCUACCGGGACGUGAUGCGGGAGAACUACGAGACGCUGGUGUCCGUGGGGACAGCCGAGCUGCUCCCGCUCUCUGCUUUCCUGUUACCCACGGAGCCUGGAGGAACGGCAGGGGCAGGGAGCCGCACUGAGGACGGGCAGGAGCUUCCCGUGGGGGGAGGCCCCCAGGGACGGCAGCUGCAGCACAGCCUGCACCUCACUGCCCUGGUGCAGCUGGUGAAGGAGAUUCCAGAGUUCUUGUUUGGGGAAACCAAGGGUACCGAUGAUAGCCCUGAGAGCGGCCGAGCCAGCCUGGAUGGGGACAGAGCGAGCCCACAAGCAGCCGUGCCUGGGGGCACCUGCCCUCUCCAAGGCCUGCUCAGCUGCCUUCCAGACAGCCCUGUGAGCCGGCCCAGCCUGGCCACCACGCCCACCAGCAGCUCAUCCUGCAGCGGCCCGCCCAGAGACGGAGGCCAGGGAAGCCCCCUCCAUGUCAAAGCUGCUGACAGGCCACGGCCCACAGACAAGGAAGGCCCAGAAGGCCCAAGUGCAGAGCUGAGCACUCCCAUCAGUAGCCCCAGCCAGAGGAAGAGCCCCCGAAGACAGGAGAGAGUGGCCCUGGGGACAGGAGUCUCUCCUGGGACCAGCCCCUUGCAAGGCCUCAUCAACUGCCUGAAAGAAAUCCUUGUGCCCAGGCCCCAGCACCCUGAUGCAGCCCCAGGCCGAGUACCCCCUGUCCCAGGCCUGGGUACAUCGAGGCAAAGCAGAGUGGACGUGGGGCCAGGUAGCCUACCUUGGCCAGUGAAGACCGAGGCCACUUUGGGGGACUGUCCCCUCCAGGGGCUGCUGAACUGUCUGAAGGAGAUUCCAGAGACCCAGGACAAGCCUUCCAGCCCCUCCCGAGCAGGGUCUGCAUGUGUGCAGGAAGAUCCAGGGCCCUGGAAGAGGAAUCCUGAAGGGCCCAGACGCCUCCAGACCCUGCCGCACCCCGCCAGUCCUGGAGCUGGUGGCGCACUGAGCACGGUGAAGGUGGAGGAGAGCUGGGCCCAGAGCAGCCCAGUGCCCACGUCCUGCCAGCUUGGCAGGCAGGGCCACAGCCCCUCUGUCACCAGAGACACCAGAGCAGUUCACAUGCCCUUCUGGGGCCCUGAGGCUCAAGAAGGCAGGGCCAGGGAAGCUGUGAGAGAAGAUGCCAGGGUACUCUCCCCUCUCGCAGCUUGCAGGGCAUCAAGCUCACCCCUGGCAGCCCUGGAGGCUUGUCUGAAGGGCAUUCCCACAAGUGCGUUGUCACCUCCCCAGCCACCAGCCACCUCUUGGUCCCGGACCCCCCAGCCAGGAGACGCUGGGUCUCAGAGGCCUGAGCUGCAGCCCCAAGGAUCACAUAGUGAAGAUGCCAGCAGGGGGCCUCUUGCACCUGUGGGCCCCACCCAACGCUCAGCUCCUGGAGGGACCCCCACCAGCUUCUCCUCAGCCAGCAGCACGGAUGGGGACCUGGACUUUAGAAGUCCCUGGGGGAGCAGGGGCCAGCACCCUGGCACAGGGUACCCACCAGGGAGCUCCCCACUCCAGGGACUGGAGAACUGCCUCAGGGAGAUCCCUGUUCCCAGGCCACAGCCUGCCCAGCCCUGCGCCUCUGCUGCAGCGGACAGAGGCCUGAGGAGAGUGGAGUCCAGGAGCUGGAUGGCAGACAAGGAAGGACUGAAGGGUGAGGCCAGUGAGCCAGCCCGCCAUGCCCAGGGAGGAGAAGCACCCCCCCAGAGCCCCUGCCUGGCCAGCCCACAGGCCUUGACUUCCAGUUGUGUUCCUGCCUGCCACCAACAAAGGCUCAAAGACCAGGGGCCCACCAGGCCAGGGCUGUGGAGGUGGCCACAAGAUGGGGUGGUUGCCAGGCCCUCCCCGCUGCACUGCCUGGAGAGCUCUCUGCGGGGAAUUCUGCCUGCCAGGCCCUUGCGCUUCACCUGCCUGGCUGACCCCAGCCCUGGGCCAGGCCCCAGUUCCAGCUCCAGCCUCUACAGCUCCGAUGGAGAAGACCUGAGGCCAGAGCCUGAGCUCUGGAAGCCACUCCUCCAGGAGAGAGGCCACCUUCCCAGCUGCAAGCGUCCCAUCCCUCAGUCCCCUGGCCCCAGUGGGUCCCCCACAGGCAACAGCAGCAGCAGCAGCAGCAGCCCUGCAGACAACCCUGUGAGAACAGAGUCCCACGAUCGCAGCAACCUCUGGGCAGCAGGAAAAGCAGAAGAGACGGGAGGCGGUUCUCUGCGGCUCAGGAGAGAGGAGUGCACAGGGCGUGCCUGUCCGCCUGGACUUCUCAGCAGUGCCGCAGCCAGGGGAGGAAGAGUAAGAGAGGCAGCUGGGGCUCCCUGGCCUGUCCCCCCACCAGAGAAGAGGCCCGGGCCCAGUGCUAGUGAGGACCUGAGGGGCCCGGAGCCCAGAUGCAUAAGACCUAGUGCUGCAGCCAGGACCCAAGGGGGACUGCUCCCUGGGGACCUACCUGAGCUGCCCAGCAAUUCUCCACCUCCAGCAGCCAUCUCACCUGUGUGGUCAGACACCUCCCCCCGGCCGCCAUGUCCCUGUCGGAAGCCCCUCCAGCAGGAGCUGCACAGCCUGGGUGCCACCCUCACAGAGAAGCUGGACCAGCUCGCCGCAGCCCUGGCAGGCCUGGCUCAGGAAGUGGCCACCAUGAGGACACAGGUGGACCGGCUGAGGAGGCGCCCCCGGGGGCCUGGGCCAAAGGGCUCAGCUUCCUGGCUGUGGUCCCUUCCCAGGGGACCUCGCUGGGCCUAUGGCUCUGCUCACAGACACCUGCCCUACUGGAGACAGAAGGGCCCCACUAGGCCCAAACCAAAGAUACUGCAGGCCCAGGCGGAAGGCUGCAGGUCCGGUGAUCCCCAAGGACCGUGCAGAGUACGGGUACCCCCUGUGCCACCACUGCCUGCAGACACUCUCCUGGCAGAGCCUUCCAGGCCCAGCCGCAGCCCACCGCAGCAGCCCCCUUUGGGACCCAGCUGCCCUGCUGUGCUGACUGGACACUCCCUCCUCGGGCACCCUGGGUGCCAGCAGCGCCCAUUGCCCCCCUUCACACCUGCCGCCUUACCCCCGCUGCGGGCGCCUGCCGCAGCCAGCACAGACCCAGGGCCAUCGGCUGUAGGAGGCACCCAGGUCAGCGUCCUAGCCCGGCCCAAGGAGCCAAGGGCUCUCCGGGAGGACCUGUGGGGUGCUGAGCACAGGGACCCCCGGUGGGGGGCCCGUUAGCUGGACUCUGCUCAGGUUGGCCUUGCUGAGCAUGCAGCGGGUGCUGGACAGUCCCCUGCUCCACCCCGCUGGUCUUCUGCACUGCUGGAGCUGGGACCCGAUGGUGUCUGCUCCAGGGGCUUCCUCGGGCCAUUCUUCGACCGCACCCCGGGUUGUCUCAGCUCAGGGUCAGUCAGACAUUGUCCUUCCUCUUGUCCUCACCAGAGCCGUCCAGGGUCACUGGUGGGCGGCAUGCGUACAUACAAGUGCGCACUGUGUAUGCGCGGGGCGGCUCCAGGGCUGCCCCCGACUGCUCACCCUUCCUGAGCUCCGCACUGCCUUCCUAGAGUGAAUGCCAGUCGCAAGCGAGUUUCUGGAGAACUCAAGCUGGGUUUACGCGUGGAUUCUAAAAUUAAAGACGUUAGCUGCUGAGGAAAGGCCUUGGCCCUGCUUUGUGAGGACCACACGGGAGCACGGCCUGCACGCUGUGCCUCCAGCAUACCUCAGUUGAAGUCACAGUACACUAGGCCCACAGGGUCCCUGGGAAAGGGCUGUAU